ACCCUCUUUUCUUCCAAAGACAAGAGCCUUUGUGCACCUUCAGUACAAGCUGUUCGUUUGAUCAAGUCAACUAUGUUUUUUCCUUCUUCCUUUCCCGUGCGCGCGCUUGCGCUCAUCCUCGUGACCUCAGCCGCGCUCAUCCCAACGGUGCUCGGAGCCGACCUCGCGGUGACGACCUCGUUUGUCGCCGGCCCGGUGAUGGCGACCGGAACGUGCCACCCCAACGGGAUGAAGAUCGAUCUGGCCGUCCCAACCGGCUUUGAGCUCGACGCCUCAUCGCUGGCGGUCACUGUCGGCUACCCCACAGCCACCGCGCUCUUUGACGUCGGCGGCGAGUGCGAGAUCGGCACGGCGACGUGCCAGACCUCGGCCUUCAACCUCACGCUCGAGACCGCUCGCUUCGGCGGCACGCUCACCUUUGCUGGCGACAGCGGUGCGGGUGCGCUCACGCCCGACGCGACGAUCACGAUGACGGCGCCAUUCAUGGCGCCCGAGUUUGAGGCCGACGGAGUGACGCCUGUGCUCGAUCCGGUCAAUGGCCAGGCGCCGGUCGUCGGCGGUCCGCGCUUUGCUACCUUUACUGUCUCGCUCUCGAGCUACACGCUCACCGAUACGGCAACCGGCGCCAGCGUCACCCGCCCGCCGUCGGUCCACACCAUUGACGUCGAACUUCGGCCGAUGCUCGCCUCGAUGGCCGUGCCCAUCGAGUCCGACUACCCACAGUCGCUUGCCGCCGGCGCCAAGUGGCUCACCCCGCGCGAUCUUGUGGCGUGGACAACCUCGAACGUCAUGUCCGAGACUUUUCCAUCAACAACAUCGAGGUCCUUGAGCUCGUCCUUGCCGAUGGCACCACGCCCAACAAUGACGGCCUGCUCACCGCCCCCGACGCCAACUCGGGCUCGCCUGCGCCGAUCUCGCUUGUCUACGACAUGUCGUCGGUCGGCUUUGAUGCUCGCCCUGAGACGGAUGGCUCGAUGACGACCCACCGCGCUGUCCCCGGCGAGCUCCACGGCUGCGAGUCGGCGUCGCUCAUCUCGUUUGCUAACGUCAACGAGGCCUUCACCGACACUCGCGUCACUACCGACCCCACGCUUGUCACCGGCGACGCCAUUGCCGCCGACUCGAUCUGGCGGGGUGACAUCAUCCCUUCGGGCGUGCCCAUCACCGCGGCUGCGGCCACCGGCCGCCCCAUCAAGCCCAAGGCCAUCGUCCUCGAGACCGUCGGCGUCGAUGGCGCUGCCGUCCCGACCUCGACCCUCGCCAUCGCCGACCUUGGCCACGCCAUCACCUACGAGCUCCGCUACAUGCUCAUCUCGUCUGACGAGGCCUCGCUUGACAUCUCGCUCGCACUUCCUGCCCCGCGCCACGAUGUGACCGGUACCGUUUACAACCAUGCUGCUCCCAGCACGUUUCCGCCGGCCGGGUCCUGCGCCCCGGCGCCCGACUCGACCGCCACCGACGUCCUCGGUGCCCCGGUCUUUGCCGUCGACGGCGCUGCCAACUCGCUCUCCUGGUCGUUCCCCUCACACUCGGACCCGCAGUCGGUCACCCGCGAGAUUGUCAUCCGCUGCUCGUUCAUUGCUGAUGAUCACCUCUCGCCCGACCUCGCCGUCGCCUCGGCCACGGCCACUGCAGUCGAGAACGGCAUCUUUGUUACCUCGGACCCAUCCAAGGCUGCCAUUCGCCAGCCGCUUGUCUCGCUUGCCGCCGCCUCGCUCAUCGCCGCCUCGAACCCUGCCGCUGCCGCUACUUGCUCCUCCUGCGAUGCAUCUGCGUGGCUCGACGCCUUUGACGUUGACUUUUGUACCUCUGCAUCGGGUGCGCCCACCUCGAUGACCAUUACCUCGGCGCUCGCCACGCCUGUUGCCGCUCCCACCAAGAACGUUGACGGCGGCGACACUGUCCGCUUUGCCCUCGCCUACGCCAACACUCAAUCAGGCGUUGCUCACGACCUGACCGUUGUUGUUGACCUGGACGACACCUGCUUCUCGCGUCGUCCGCUCCCAUGCGGCCUCUCGCUGACCGUCACCGACGCCGCGGGCUCGCCACUCGCCUACACGCUCGCCGCCGACGACCAUCUGUUUGACUCGGCUUCGCCUGGCCUCAUCAUUCACGCUCUGCCCGGCAACUCGAUUGCCAUCGUCUCGUUUGACGCCUAUGUCAUCGACUCGGUCAGCGCGGGCGCCACUUGCGCUGCGCCCGCCGCAGCGCCCGCGGGCUACGACGGCACUGCUGCUGCUCCGCUCAGCACUCGCCGCGUCUCUCCUUCGUCCACUGCCGCGCAGGUCACCAUCGCCUCGCCGUCGUUCGCCUGGCGCGACGGCGAGACCUCGUUUGACUUUACCGCCAAGGCCGCGGAUCGGUCUGGCAAAUUUGACCUUGCGCCCUGCGAGUCGGCAACCGUCACUCUCGACAUCCUCCUGCCUGAGGGUGUCUCGCCCGACACCCAAAUUGAGUUUGCCUCGUCUGCCGCAGGCAUCCUCGUCAUCGAAUCGAUUGUCCCACCCCGGACCCGCCGACCAUCUCCUGGUCUGGCGCGUCAGCUACCAUCAACGCUGCUGGCUCGGCCGCCACCAUCGAGCUCGGCUCGCUCACCAAUGCUCCCGACAACGUUGUUUCUGACGGCGACAAGAUCUCUUUUGUCGUCACUCUUUGGCUUGACGCUUCCGCCGAUCCGCAAACCAUUCCGAGCCGCGUCUCGGUCAGGGCCCGUGCCAUCACGUCGUCAGGCGCGCGCGUGACCUCGCGCUACCACUUGGACGUUGUUCAGCCUGACGUUGAUGUCGCCCUCUCGUCGACGCCGACGAUCAUCGGUGACGCUCUCGACACCAUCACCCUCGACCUCGCGGUCUCGGUCCCCAUCGCUCGCCACACCCCGGCCUUCGACGUCGCCAUCCGUGUCACCUGUCACCAUUCCCGAGUACCACACCUUUGACGUCGCCGACCUCGCCCACCGCUCCGGACCAGCGCCGUCGUCCAUCACCACCGACGGCAACAUCGUCACUCUCCUCUACCCGCGACUCGACCCGGGUGACAUCUCAGUCCUGGCGCUGCCUGGCGUCAUCGCCGAGUCAGCGCCGUCUGGCGCUGUCGUCACCUACACGGCCGCGCGCACGUUUGCGGCUGCGCCGGCGCCCACCGCCAUUGGCUGCCUGCAAACCUACGCGCCCGACCCAGUCACCCUUGACCGGACCCUCGCUGCCGCUGUCGUCGCUGUCGACAUUGUUGAUGCCUGCCUUGGCACUGACGACCUUCCCUACGUCGCGCCUUCAGAGGAACUCACUUUCCAGAUCAGCAUCUUCCUCCCCGAGGGUGUCAACCACAACCCGCACCUCUACGUCGGUGUCGGCGGCCCGCUCACCAUCAUCUCGGGCUCGGCCUCCAUCAGCUCGCCGACUUCCCUCGACGGCGUCUCGCUUGAUGUCCCGCCGGUCACCUCGUGGGGCAUGCUCUCCAUCCCGCUCUACGACGGCUCGCAUCCCGACGCCAUCAUCAACAACCCCAACAAUGCCGAGACUCCCGGCGACGUCAUCACCAUCACCGUCACUACCGUCGUUGAUGCUGACGCUGCCCAGGGCUCGUACGUCGCGCUCUUUGCCUCGUACGCCUACACUACUUCGGCCUCGUCAAGCAACGUGCUCUCCGUGGCAGGCACCUCGCCCACACAGGUCGUCAUCUCGCCGACGCUCGGCAUCUCGCAGCCGGCGCUCGACUCGGCGGUUGCGCUAGACACCUACCAGGCCGGCGACGUCCUGACCUGGACCUCGACGACGGAGCACAAGACCAUCGAUUGGCACCCGCUGGCACCCGCCUACGACCUUGUCUUUACCGUCGCCAAGCCCGACUACGUUGCCGUUGACUGCGUCCUCCACCUCGACGACACUCCCAUCGAGUCAGCCAGCGCCCUUGUCCCGACUUCGGCCUCGGCCACCCUCUUCAGCUAUGACUUGGCCUCGCUAGCCCCCACGACGCCAUUGUCUGCACCUUUGUGGCUACCUUGCCGGACUCGGUGCCCAUCGGCGACUCGUUUGUCCUUCCUAUCGAGCUCGACGUCGCCUACCGCGCUCGCUCACUGGCCCCUACCGCACCGGUCUGCCAGCCGGAAGUCGUCCCGCCGACGCUCACCCAUGGUGCCGUCGCCGCCCACUCGGUCGCCAUCACCCCGCUUGUCGCUCGCCCGCUCGAGAUCUCCACCACAUGCGCGAGUGCCUCGGCCGCUCGCCUCUUCCCGGUCCUCGCUUAUGAGUCAGUCGACCUGACUUUGACCGCCACGCUCCCGCACGGGACAAUGGUGCCAGCUACACUCACCCUCGACAUCGAUGAGACCUGGGUCCUCGAGUCGGCUGUGCUCUCCGCCUCGUUUGCGGGCAUCGUCGACGCCGACAUCCCGCUUACCCCGGACGCGCGCUCGCUCGAUCUCACUCCGGUCGCGCCGCUUAUCGUUCGCCCGGCCUCUGCCGAUCCGGCCGACAAUGAGCUUGUCAUCACUGUUCGAGCCCACCUUGUGCCCGACUUCCGUCUUCCGCUUAACGACUGGGCUCCGUCGACCGCACCAGACCUGCCGCUCUCCGCCACUCUCUGGCACGCCGCCGCUCCGGCAACCUACCCGGGCAUCGUCGCCACCCGCGCCGCGCCCGCGCUCUCCCUCGGCCUUCGUGCCACCGCCGCCACCGACGGCUCGGCUCUCGUCGACCUCUCUCUUGCACACGUCCGCGGCUUUGACCUCGCCUACUCGGACGCUGCCGCCGCUGCCAUCGUCAUCACCCUUGAUCUCGACGCGGGCAUGCCUUACGCUUUUGACACUUCAUCAUUUGCGGCUACUGCUGCGCUUGUCGGCGCCCAGCUCGAGGUCAGCCCCAACGAGAGGUCGCUUGUCAUCACCGCCGAUCCUGCGCUUGCGCUCGAGCUUGCGGCCUCUGCCACUGCAUCCCUCGUCCUCACCCCCAGCGAUGCGGCCGCGGCCUGCGCCUCGUGCGACCUUAGCGGCGGCCUCACCGGCUCGGUCACCUUUGUGCCCGGCGGAUCGUGCGCUGGCGUCAACCAGGGUGCCCGUCUUUUGGGCGUCAGCGAGCCGUACGCCGUCAUCUCCCGCAACCCGCCGUCCCUUGCUGGUCUCACCUCGAUCGGCUGCUACGAGUACGCCGUCUUUGAGGGUGACGACUACGGCACUGACUGCAAUGCGGCGACGGCGGACCCGACUCCGCUCUCCGAGCUUCCGUGCGGAUGGGAGGUUGCGCCCAACUCGGGUGAGGUCUACCACGCGCUCGCCGCCAAGCUCUGCUCAGCUGGUGCUGCUGCAUCGGCCGCCUCGACCUUUGACAGCUUCUCGGCAACUUGCGCGUGGGGCGCGUCGUGUCUCAUUCUCGCCGAUGGUACCGGAAUUACUCCCGAGGGCAAGCCUUGUGCCUCGAACGCUCUUGUCUCGGUCACCGCCGAUCUUAGCUGUGCCACCACUCGCAUGGUCGGCGUCGACGGCGUCGAUGGCGGCCGCGUCCUCCUCCGUCGUCUCUCGCAGCUUUGCGGCUCGGCCGGCGUCUGCGGCAGCGGCAAGCGGUCGUGGAAUAUGAUCGAUCCGGCCGCCGCGCCGUUCAAUCUCGUGCCCGCCCAGCUCACGCUCGACGCGCCUGCUGAUUGGGCUGUCGGCGCCAAUGCUCUCGCUCCGCUCUCACAUGUCCCGGCCAUCUCCAUCACUGCUGGUACCUCCCUCUCGGCCACCUUCAACGUCGAAGACCCUAUCCUCUCCCACGCUGGCCGCGCUGUACUCACCAUUGGCUACGAAGCCAAGGUCGGGAGCUCGGUAGUCCUCACCGCCGUCUUUGAUGGAUGGCUCCCGGGCCUCACCCUCUCGGGCAACAUUGCCACCGGCCGGUUCGACAUCGGCGUUCCCGCCGGCGUCAAGGAGAUUAUUCUCAUGGUUUCCAACACCGCGUCUGACGACCUCGCUUUCAUUCGCGGCAUCGAGCUUGCCGUUGUGCCUACCCGCUCCACGGCUGACGGCACGUGCAUGGACCCUGCGACGUCGGGCUUCAACAUCCUCGCCAACCCAAGCUUUGACGAGCCGCUCGCCCCGGUCGAGGCUGGCAUGAUCGGAACCUGGGCGCCGUACAUGGGCAACUCGGGCGGCGAGCUUGUCCACACCGGUUCGGCACUCAGUCUGGUUAACAGCGACUCGUCCGACGACAUCAUUGUUGGCCAGCGCGUUGAGCUCGCGUCUCCGCAGACUGCGUUCUUUAUCGCGGCGCAGGUGACGACCGACGCCGUCUCGGAUGGCUACGCCCCGUACUUGUCCAUCUACAUCGACGCCGAGCUCGAGUCGGGCGAGUGGGACUACGGCAAGCACGUGGCCAUCAAGCCUGGCACUACCGCAGCCUCCAUGAUCACCGGCUCGGUUCGCUACGACGAGCCUGUUGUUGCCCUUACCGUCUACGUCAUGCACCGCUUCCACACCGGCGCGCUUGUUGUCGACGAGGUCUCGGUCCUGCCGUAUCCCUACGCCUGCGCCGACAUUCCGCUUGCCGCUGCCUACGGCGACCCGCACAUCCGCUCGUACGAUGGCCUCGACUGGUCGUUCCAGGCCUCGGGCGACUUUGUCCUCACCGGGACUCGUGACUACUCGGCCACCACCCGCAUCGCCGCAGCUGGCUCUGCUGCCGUUAACGCCGGCGCUGGCGUCUCGCUCGCCGGCCGCCCGGCCGUUGCCAUCAUCCGCACCGACCCGCCGGCCCCUGGCCUCCCGAUUGCCUGGCCGCGCAUUGCCCUCCGCUUGCCUGGCGCCGCCGAGUGGCAAACGCUCGACACGUCGGCAGCCGUCGCUCCCGGCGCGCCGCUUGACGGCGAACUCGAUGUUGGCGAUGCCGCCCGCGCCACCGUUCGCAUCAGCUACGGCUGGUCCGGCGCUAUCGACGCAGCCGCCGCGCUCCGCCUCCAGGUUGACUACAUCGGCUCUGGUGGAUUCGGCCUCAAGGUCAACGUCCUUGCCUCGUCGUACAACGUCCAGUACUUGUACAUCCGUCCGGUCAUCCCGGCCUUUACCCAGGGUCAGAUCUUCGGCCUCCUCGGCACUCCCGACGGCGAUGAGAGCAAUGACAUCAAGGCCUCCGACGGCUCGCUUGGCUCGCCCGACAACACCGCCUUCAUCUACUCGAGCACCUUUGUCAACUCGUGGCGCGCCAGAAACGACGCCCUACCGGGCACCGCCGACCUUGUGGUCCCUCACCGGCCGCCGCCGCGCAGUUCUCGCUCUCAGCCUGGCCGCAAGACCAAGUCGACUCGGCAUCGGCCACCUGCGCCCAGUUUGUCGGCACGCAAGCGCUCAUCGAUGCCUGCGCUCUCGACCUCCUUCUCACCGGAGACGUAGCGCUUGCCGCCGGCUACACUGCCGCGUCCGAGCUCGAGGCCGGCUCCUCGGCCGUCUCGCUCGCCACCGGCCCGCCGGUCGGCAUUCCGCUCAACGGCGCAUCUGGCUCUGGCGCCAAGACAAACUUUGGCUGGGCCAUCCUCGCUGGUGUCGUUGUCGCCAUCGCCGCCAUCGUUGUCGUCAUUCUCUUUGCCAUGCGCUCGCGCUCGAUCGCCUCAGCUCGCUCAGACGCGGAGGCCUCGCACCUCACCUCAGCUGCGUCGACCGCCAUGAGCGCUGCCUCGGAUGCCAUCGUCGAGUGCGAUCUCGACGCACUUACCCGAGGCGCCCGUCACGCACCUGUCAUGGACGACACCGCGCGCGCCCGCGCGCGCCGCGCUGACGUCGGCUCGGUCGACGCUGCUCCGGCCGGUGCGGUCCUCACCAAGUCUACCGUUCUCCGUGCCCUCAACGUAUCGCCCGGCAUGACCGCUCAGGUCUCAGAUUCGAGCAUUGCCUCGGCUGACUCGUCCGCUCUCGGCUCACCGAGAGCCCCGCGCUCCAAUGCCCAGCUCUCCGACCCGUCGGACCACUCGUCAAGCGUCGUCCUCACUCGCGAGAUGUCCGGCAUGCAGCGGCUUGCGGCCUGGUCCCGGUCCAAGGUCUUCUCCACAGAUCAGCUGGAUGCCUCAGCUUCGCUGCUUGUUGGUUCGCAGCCGCGAGUCCUCGAGAAUUCGGACGAGGAGUGGUCGUCGAUAGGCAGCCGGAUCUAAGUCGACACGUCACUAAACUGUUUUACCCCCGAUCAA